AUGGCUUCGUCUUGUGAUUCUUCUCCAACAAUGAUCAUCAUCCGCCGACGCCAGGUGGUGUCGCCGGAAGACUUGUACGCCCGCCAGAUGCUCGACAGAACGCUUCAGUGGAGAAAGGGCGAAAAAAACCAGUGGACACCGAGCGGCCCUGAUGGCCUCAGCGCCCUCCCGGACGACGCCAUCCGCCACGUGAUCGGCUUCCUGCCGGCGCGAGACGCCGUGCAGACGAGCGCGCUCGCCCUGGGCUGGCGCGACCAUUGGACGUCCAUGCACAGCCUCCUCUUUACACCGGUUGCCGGGUCGGUGACCGUCGCUGGGCUGAAGAGGCUAGUAGGCCGCCUGUUGCUCGAUCUACGAGCGCCUCUUGAUGAAUGUGUUAUCGAUGUCAAAGGAUUCUGGCAACUCCACAGCGAAUUCAACAGCCUGAUUCGGCAUGCCGUGUCCGAGUGCCAGGUUCGAACUCUCACAGUCAGUCUGGUAGACACGCACAGAACAAUAUAUGGGCAGCCUCUCGUUUCCACGCACUUGGCAAGAUUGGAGCUUCGCCAUGUAACAAUGCCAGCAGAAUGUACGGUUCUUGAUUUUUCAAGCUGCACGGCGCUGGAGGAUCUUGUGAUUUCUUGCUCUCAGAUCUAUGCUAACAAGCUCUCGUCCCCAUCCUUGAAGCGUCUCAAGAUUGAGGAAUGCUGGUUGUUUCCAAAGGGCUCCCCAACUUGUAUUUCUGCCCCCAAUAUUGUUUCACUGAAACUGGAUGAUAUCCGUAUUACAACUCCUCGCCUUGAGCGCAUGCCAUUGCUAGAAACUGCAAGUGUCAGGCUUGGCGGCAGCUGGCCUUUGAACUGUAAACAUCGUGUUGCCCGGCGCUGUUGCGGUGUAUGCGAGGGUUGCAUAGAAUUCCACUUAAUGGAGCUCCGAAGUUUCUCGAGUGCUACGCAUCUGGAGUUAACAGCUCCCAAUGUGAAGUUUACUGUUUUGAGAUGCCCAACAUUUAGCAAGUUAAAGAGUCUGUCGCUAAAUGACUGGUGUGUGACAGAUGACUUAUCUGCAUUAAUUCGCAUUCUUGAGCACUCUCCAGUUCUAGAGAAGCUCACUCUUCAACUAAAUGAGGGAUCACAGGAAAGUUACAAUGCAGUGGAGCAACUGCGCACAAUAUCUCGAUGCCUUAAAGUAGUUGAAAUCAAAUGUAUGAUGGUUGAUAACAGACGAAAUUUUGAAGAUAUUCAGUCCGUUUGA